AUGACGAGCAUUGACGAGCUCUUCAAGAAAUCCGGCAUCCCCAGCAAGCGCAAAUUGGAGCCUCUCCGCGACCCAAAUGAAAUAUACAAGGCCGUGAGGCUCUCUGGAAACGGCAGCCACAACCGCAACGGCAACGAGCGCCACGUGCAGAUCGACGAAAACGACCAAGACGAGGCCGGACCAGCACGACCACCAGCUGACGGCGACGAUGGAGACUACGGCCCGGCAGCACCACCAGAGGGCGAUGAUGAGCCAGGCGACGACGACGAGGGCCGGUUCUUUGGCAGUGGCAUGAGCCGGACCGAGGCCACCAUCAUGGACUACGUCGAGGGCCAAGAUGCCGGUGGAGGCUCUGGGGGAAAGGAGGUGGCCGAACAGCCGCCGCCACCAGAGACAUAUGACGCGGCGUGGCUGCGGCGAACGGUUCUCAGCUUUGAGCGGCGCAUCAACCGAAACGCUGAGCUGAGGGCGCGGUACGAGGCUGAGCCGGCCAAGUUCAUCGCCAGCGAGGCCGAGCUGGACGUGGAGAUCAAGGCGCUGUCGAUCCUGGGCGAGCACCCGGAGCUGUAUCCCGAGUUUGUGCGGCUCGGCAGUGUGGCUAGCCUCGUCGGUCUGCUAGCUCACGAGAACACCGACAUUGCCAUCUCGGCCAUUGAGAUCAUCGGCGAGCUGACGGACGAGGACGUCGACGCGACAGACGAGCAGUGGAAUGCACUCGUGGCUGACCUGCUGGACGCCGACCUCAUUGGCCUGCUGGUGUCCAACCUCGACCGACUCGGCGAAGACGCCGACGAGGCUGACCGCACGGGCGUCUACUACGCGAUGGGCAUCGUCGAGAAUCUGUCUUCAACGCGAGGCGGUCUUGGCGAGGAGGACGAGGACGAGGACGAGGAGGGAGAAGAAGGAGAGGUAGGAGAAGUGGAAAAGGAUGGCGAGACAGCUACGAAGAGCAAAAGAACACGCGCAGCCGCUGCCUUGGGCGCCCACGAAGGCCUCGUGCGCUGGCUGCUGAAGCGGGUGCAGCGGGUAUCUUCGAAGGCGGGAGUGCCGGCAGUGACGCAAAACAGGCAGUACGCAGCCGAGGUACUGGCAAUCCUGGCACAAGCAGAACCAGAGAACCGACAGCGGCUGGUGGCACAGGACGCAGUGGACACGCUGCUGCAGCUGGUAGCAGCAUACCGACGACGCGACCCGGAAAAGGGCAGCGACGAGGAGGAGUACAUGGAGAAUUUAUUCGAGGCAUUGACCUGUCUGGUCGACGAUGCUGGCGGCAAGCAGAAGUUUGUCGAUGCCGAGGGCGUCGAGCUGUGUCUGCUGCUAUUUGCGGCGGGCCACAAGAAGAGCCUGACGCCGGCACUACGGCUGCUGGACCACGCUGCUGGUGUUGGCGAUGGAGACGGGGCGACGGCCGAGGCAGCAGCCGAUGUUUGCCGACGUAUCAUCGACGCGGGCGGGCUUAAGGCCAUCUUCACCCUCUUCAUGCGCGGAGAAGGACACCACAGCAAGAAGCACGGAAAGAACAGGAAGAAGGCCUUGGCAGAGCAGACGCUGCACGGGGGCCUUACGGCUGAGCACCUGGUCAACAUCUUUGCGUCGAUGCUGCGGCUGCUGGCGGCGGAGUCAGCUGAGCGAAUCCGGCUGCUAGCCAAGUUUGUCGAGAAGGACUACGCCAAGGUCGAGCGACUGUUGAGCCUGCGACAAGAGUACAGCGACCGCGUGACCGCAGCCGAGCAGCGAUUUGGGGAUGGCAAUGGAGAUGAGGCCGAGAGGCUGGCGCAGAGACUGGACGCCGGUCUGUUCACGCGCCAGACGAUAGACGUGAUCCUGGCCUGGCUGGUGGCCGAGGACGACGGGGCACAACGCAAGAUUUGUGUACUGCUGGCCGACCGCGACGAGACUCUGGCCACGCUGCGGCUGUCGUUGCAGGAGAGGCGUGACGGCAUCGAUCCCGACGUGGCCGACGGCCGGGACACACAGGAGAUGCUGACCACGCUGAUGGGCUUUUUGGAGGGGUAG